AAAGUGCAUUCCAGUGAUUGAUUCAUACUUUUAUGAAAUUUACAAAACAAAUUAAAACAAUUUGGUUUCGGUGCAGAAACUGUUUAUCAUUUUUGUUAGUUUCUCUGAAACAAUUUGGUGGAAUAAAAAUAAUAGAAAAUUUGAUAAGAUGUCAACUGCAUUUUUAGUGGAUAACAUUUUAAAUGAUAAAGAAGAUCGUUCGGAUUCAGUAAUUUCGGAUACGGAUUCAGAUGCGACGUCGGAUUUAAAAGAUUCGUUGUGCGGUUCACCCGAAUCAAAUGAAAAUAUCUCACCUUCGCAUCAUUAUUAUCAUCACCAUCAUCAUCAUCACCAUCUACAUCAGCAAGCAUCCGGUAACACGCAAAACCAACUCUCGGAAACAUUAUUGCGAACAUACAACACAAUGAUACGGAACAGUGAUUGUGCCACAUCUGAUGACCAUUCCGACGAUGCAAGCAAUCAUUUCAUCGAAAUGUGUUGUACAAAGUGCGGUCACUUUCAGCAAUUAAACAAAACACGUAGCAACAACGGUACAAAUGGCAGUGGUAGUGACGAUAUUAAUGCCGAUAUCGAUACCGAUUUCAAGUGUGAUAAAUGUGACAGCAAUGAAGGUGUUAUUAGUAGCCAAAAGGAAACCGCAACCACAAUUUUAAAGGACAAUGCCAAACCCAUAUUAAAAUUUAGUGUGUCAGCUAUUUUAGGUGAUAAAAAGGAAUGUGCCAGAGUUAGACACGAGUUUCUUCAACCGCAACAUAUUUGGCCUUAUAUUCAGCAAAAUUUCAUGCACCAUCAUUCACAAGUUCAUUACCAAGGAUUUCAUGUCACAAACAAUAAUCAUCAGCAAAAUAACCACAAUAAUUUACAUCAAGAACAGCAACCGCAGCAUAAUCAUCAUCAGCAUGUGCCAUCACCAAUUAGUAGUAACAAUGAAAUCGACAAUCUAUCGAACAGUAACAAUAAUAAUAGCAGUAGUCUUAACAAUAAUGCAAACGGAACAAAUGCCGACACAACGCCCAUUGGCUCUGACAUUCAGGAUGCUGAACAACAAAAUAGAUUAAGGGAAAAACAACAGUUACAACAGCAACAACAGCAAUUGAUUGCAAAACCAUUGGCGAGUCGACCAGCUCCACCAUUUUUGCACCAUACAUUAAGUCAUCCUCAUCUACAUUCUUUACUGGCCCAUUGCCGAAAUCCUUAUAUUGGAGCUGGCGCUGGACCUCAAGUAUUUCCUUUACCACCUGGCCAAGGUUUUCCAUGGGCGCAUUCGACACGCGGUAAACCACGACGGGGAAUGAUGAGAAGAGCUGUUUUCUCCGAUUCACAGAGAAAAGGGCUUGAAAAACGAUUUCAAAUGCAGAAGUACAUUAGCAAACCGGAUCGCAAAAAACUCGCCGAAAGACUUGGCCUUAAGGAUUCACAGGUGAAAAUUUGGUUUCAGAACCGUCGUAUGAAAUGGCGAAAUUCCAAAGAACGCGAACUUUUGGCAAGUGGCGGAAGUCGCGAUCAGACGCUACCCAAUAAGAAUAAUCCAAAUCCCGAUUUAUCCGAUGCACGUACGGACCGUCAACCAUCCAUUUCGCCAACAUCAGCAUCACCGAAUUCAACUCUUAUGGAUCAAUCGCAGUCAUCACAAAAUCUGGACCAUUUUACCAAUUCAAAUAUGACACCAACAAGUAAAUCCGGCUUGGAAUUGCAUAGUAAAUCGAAUGUAAUUCUAUCGAAUGGCUGUAAUGGCAAAGAUGGAAAACCAUUUAAGAUUGAAAAGGGCGCAUCGAUGAAUGAAUCAAAUCAUCCAUUUGUCGAUCAAUUCAUGCCGAAUGCCAAUCAAGCAAUUUUAUCACACUUGGGCGCAUCAUCAAAUGAAGAGAAUCGACGCGAAUCAACAGCACCACCACCACAACAACAACAAAUCUUUAAUCAUUUUUAUGAUAAAGUACGCGACAUCAAUAAUUCCGUUGCGUUCAGCAAUCGUUCGGAAAAUGUUGGCAACAUGUCCAAUUAUUACUAUGACGAAUUCGAUUCGAAUUCCGAUGAAGAGAUCAGCGUAACUUGAAAUGAUUACGUCAAAAAUCGAUUCAGGUGAAUGAAAAUUAGAUUUUCUUUUCGUUGCCAAUAACAUUUCAAACUCAUUUUUUUUAUUCACUUCAAUACCAACCAUGGGAAUUUAAUUUUUUUAAUGAGACAAUUCUUAAAGGAGAAAUCUAUAUAACCGUUUCACUUUUAAUGUUAAUUUGCAAAACUCAGUUGAAAAUGCCACUCAAAAUGACUCAAUCUAUGGAUUUUUUUUUCAAGCAUUUUUUGUUAAAUGUGUUUUUAUAUGAAACUAAAUGAAUCUUCUUUUUUCAAUUUUGGAAAUGCAUUUUGCAUAAAUGAUUUAUUCAGUUUUGUGUGGAAUUUAACGUCUUAUAAACAAGACAUAUUGCCGCCGGCUGAGAUUACAAACGAGAAAGAGAGAUAGAGGAAGCUACAGAACAUGUAAUUUGUAGAUCAAAAUCAGGUGGAAGCUGAAAAUUUGUAAAUGUAAAUAAAAAAAAACGGCAAAUAAUAUAAAUUUGUUCUGUAAGUGAUUUGCUAAGUGAAAUAAGAAUUGUCUUAAACCAUUCGUAAGCAUAUUUGUAAGCAAACAAUUAAUAUGUAUUUGAACUGAAUGAAAGAAAUUGGUUGAAAAAUGAAACAUUUUGGCAUCUACAACAAAAUGAAAUUAUCAGUGAUGGAUUUUUCCUAUC